UACCUGAUAGCUAAGGACCAAAAUCUGGGUAGCAGUGCCCCACAUGUGAAGCCUCAGCAAUCACGUGACUUGCAACGCAAGAUGAAACCCAUGCCUGACGCAGUAGCAUGGCGGAACUAGAACCUGACAGCAGCGCCGUCUCUGACGUCGGCGAGGGGUGUGACACCGACGGCGAGUUUGAAAUGACCCACGAAGACUCAGAGAGGUCGGACAAGGAGAACCAAACAGUUCGCAAUGAGACGCCCGAACCACAUGCAGUGGUGCCAUCUGCAGAGACCACCGCCACUCAAGUGCUGGCCCAUAACGUGACGCCCGAACCACAUGCAGUGCUGCCAUCUGCAGAUACCACCGCCACUCAAGUGCUGGCCCAUAACGUGACGCCCGAACCACAUGCAGUGCUGCCAUCUGCAGAUACCACCGCCACUCAAGUGCUGGCCCAUAACAUGACCCCUGAACCUCAUGCAGUGCUGCCAUCUGCAGAUACCACCGCCACUCAAGUGCUGGCCCAUAACAUGACCCCUGAACCUCAUGCAGUGCUGCCAUCUGCAGAUACCACCGCCACUCAAGUGCUGGCCCAUAACGUGCUGCAGUUGGGCAGCAUACCACUGCCAGCCGCCGUUGGCGCCACGCCCCUCGUUUCGACGUCAAACACCGCGCCCACUUUCGUCGAAGCUCCGCCGUCCAGUGACGACAACGAGGACGGCCCGGGGCUCAGAGUCGUAAUCGACUCCAGGUUCCUCAAUGGGUCGUCGAGCAAUCUGCUUGCGAAAUCCGCGCCCUCGACUCCACAAGGAGAGCGUCUGCAGGCGGGGACGCCGUUCCUCACGGCGACGCAGACCACCGCAGCAGUCGGCUCCAUUUCCAGGAGCCCGAGCCACGUGUUCAACAAGCAUGACAAGCAAGCGCUGAAGCAGCUGAGUGUCAGCGUCCCGGUGAUGACACAGGCCCGUCCCCAGCCUGCUACUGACCCUCUGGUCACACCCGCAGGGCCCCCGUCGCCCGAACAGCAACCUGGUUCCAGUAAGUCCCGUCAGAAGAAGUUCCACCGCCAUUUCAAGCAGGUCGCAGCGGAGGAGCACGUCCUCAACUAUUACUCAUGUGCUCUUGUGGGAGAUAUUUUGCUCCAGGGACACCUGUACAUUACCAAGAACUACUUUGCAUUCUAUUCAAAUGUAUUUGGGUAUGUUACCAAGUUACUUAUCCCAACAGUUUCUGUAAUUAAGAUAAGUAAGGAGAAGACAGCACGCAUUAUUCCAAAUGCUAUUGGUGUGGCGACAGAGGAUGACAAGCACGUGUUCUGCUCACUACUGUCACGUGACUCCACAUACACCCUCAUGGUGCAAGUGUGGAAGACAGCAACAAUUCCAGGACCACAGAAUAUGCUGUCAAGCAGCAAGGAGCUGAAAGAUGAAGUGGAUUCUGCCAGUGGAGACAUACACCCUAACGAAGAUGACUCGUCUUCUGGUUCCGGAAGUGAGCAUUCCUGUCCACCCACACCUGUAGACAGUCCCACAGAUGUCAGCCAUUCCGAAAGUUGUACGUCGAGGUUACCAAAUGGUAACGUUAAAGUGUCGGAGAAACCGAAGCGGUUUACAAGGGAUAACGCCUUCACAUCUUUAUUUCCACAACCAACACUAAUCCUAAUCAUAGCUACUGGUUUGCUGGUUCUGCUGUUCCUGUCUGCAGCAUUCCUGCUGUACCGCAUUGGACGAAUACACCACCGGUUUCCUGAAAAUCCUGUCAUCACAGGCAGAUUUCUAUAUCUUCCUAGUGAUGAAGUGUACCAGGAGAUCUUGAAAUGGCAGACUCAUCUUCACACGAAAUCUGCAAAUGAAGUCCAAGAGUUUCUGAAUGCCAAUUUGGACCAGUUAGCAAAGGUAAGGCAGUCCUUGGAGGCUUUGUCCCUUCUCAUCGUGACAGAUGACAGCAGUAAUAAGUCGCCUGUAAUACCAGAACAGUCAUCUCAGCAAUCUAAUCCACAUCAUCACCAGCAAGCAACAGCACCUCUACCUCGAGAGAAGCACAGUUAGCAGUACGAAAACAUCUCGAAACACUCAAGCAAAACUCAGCAGCAGUAAUAACAACCCCUGUCCUGUAAGUCCUGGGAGAAAAGUCAGUCAGUCAUGUGUUUAAAAUUUAUCAAUAUUAUUGUUGUUGCUCAUCUCCCCUGAAGUGAGACUUUAGCAACCAGUUGGACCAUGCUCUGUUCUGGUGCUACAUACAGUCCUCAGCAGGAUUAAUAUUACACAGACAGAUUCUGACUCUGUGUCAAACCAUGGCUGAUUGUAGGUACAAUGCUGGUUCCUCUCUCAAGAUAGUAGCUAGGAAGCAGUGGAGUUGUUAGAAGUACUACAACUUUAGCAAUUGGCCUUUUGCUUAUUGACAUGAGGUUAAGAUGUCACCUUGCCUGUAGUGUAGAGCAAGUGGCACACCGUCUCCUUUGCCGCAACAAUGAAUCCAACUGACAGACUGGAAGAACAAGAAAAAAGACAUUUCAGAACAGAAACAGCAACACAUUGCGGCCAAGUGCAUUAAUAUGUCUCAGUGGAAUCCAUCCAAUAGCCAGCAGUGUUCACCAUGGCAUGAAGAUGUACAUCUGUCGGUCUUAAUGAGGAUCAGCCCUUGGUUAUUUGAGUUCGUUUUGAUGCCCAUGUAUUCAUGCCAGGAUUCAGACCUGUGCUGUACAGGAUCCAGUGAGAAGAUAAUGAAAUGCAGGUCUGAAUAAGUACAAAAACACUGAAAUGUUUAUCUAUCUUUGAUGUACUUGUAACUGAAGUAUGGAAAGUUAUACAGAUGAUUGUGUGCACCUGCAUUUGUUUAGGACUUAGAUGGAACUGAUUGCUUUAGAAACUGCAGGAACUAGGAAAAUCAGAAUGAAUUCUUAAAUAAAAAAUAAAAUUAUGAUUGUCCCAUCUAAACUCUAAUAUCCUUGUGUGCUCAGAUAUAGACCAGAUAAAAUUACCAUUAAAUGAUGUCACAUUACAUAAUCAAAAUUGAUCAUCACAGUAUUGUUAAGAAGUUUCUUCAUGUAGAAUGUACAGGGUACUUCAAAAUAGAUUCACCAGUUUUAAUUGCAUGUAAUUAUGCAACUACAGUGCAAACAUCACUGUAUUUGGUGUCUCCAAAUUAAGCAGACUUUGAAGAUUGACAGUCAUGUAAACACACUGUUAGUGUCUGCACCAUUGGCUUCCAUGAGCAUCUGUAGCUGAAUUUCAUGGUGAGUUGUCUGGUAAAAUCUCUUCAUUAAAACACAUUCUGAUCUGAUGAGUAUGCCAUCUUGAUUACUGCAGCUUCAUGGCAUUAUUACCAGGUGCAGUGCAUUCUCCCAGGACUGCUGAACUCAGAUACACCAAUUGCAAUGAAGUUUGUUAUGUAAUUAGGUAAUUACAUGCAAUUAAAACCAGAGCAUCAUUUUAGAGAGGUCGUGUAUUUUCUACUCUGCACCUAAUACAGAUAUAAAAAAGUGAACAUACAAAAUAAUGUCUGUUAAUAAUGAAACUGAAUAACAAAACGAUUGUGUGUAAUAUCAUUAUACUCAUAUAAAAGAGUAGCAGUAAUGAAUUAAAAGUAAAUUUUAUCGUUCUCACAUACAUUUAAUAGUAAUUUCCAUUCACUGUUGAGAGCAUUACAUUUUGUGACUUACACCCUUUGAAUGAGAACAAAGAAUAAUUUUGCACCCUUCAAUUGAAAACAAAGAAUACACAAUCUUCCACCACUGAAAUUUGUCUCUGUGUUCAAGUCUUAUCAAGUUGAAUUGGAUAUCUUGGCUUUUGUCUUUAAAUGGAUGAUACAUUACAACAGCUUGUAUUUGUGCAUUAAGUGUUGUGAUGGACUGAGUCAAGACACAGUAUCUAACAUUACGAAUUUACUUUUAAGACUUAGUAUAUUUAUUUCUGUAUUGUUGGAUUACAAGUCAGUUUAAUUAUUAGUCUGAUGCGAACUGUUUUGCCUGGAAUGAUUAGUCUCUCAGAAUUUGAAAGUGUAAUAUGUUUCUCUGUAUCCAGACACAUGCCAUGAACCUCUUUGGUGCUCUGUUUUCUGAAACAAAUUCAUGCUGCAAGGGCAACUACUUGUAGCUCAUGAAUUAUGUACAUCAGCAGUGGUUAUUGACUUCUGUAAGAGACUUUGUGCUGUUGCCAAAUGGAAUCUUUGUGCACAAGUAUUUAUUAUUGUUUUGUACACAUGGAUUCAGAAUUCUCGGCUCAAUAAUGUGUUAUAUCUUAGAUUGAAUGUGUGAGUGAAGAACACUAGCAUUUGCCAAAAGAGUAUAGACAGGUGCUGACUUUAGUACAAAUACAAUAUGGGGGCAGACAGCAUGGAAUAUGCAAACCUACACAAGCUAAAAUGGUUUAAAUGUAUAUUGACAUAUUUUCAUCCUAUGAGGUUAGUUUUAUAAGUAAUCAGGUUAAUUGCAGAGUCUGUGUUUUGAUGUGAACUGGAUAUCUCAUAUGUGUAAUUUUAACAAUCUUCAGCAUGAUACUGACUUGUUCUACCAGUCAGAUCUGUGCCUUGCACCUUGUAGCAUUUGUGUUUGUUAACACCAAUAACUCAAUUUCUGUUUUUGCACUGGAGUCUUAAUACUAUUACAUAUGUUCCAGAGUGACAUCUAAUACAAAAACAUCAUCUCUCUCCAGAUUCUGUUACUUUUGUGUAGUGUUAUGUCUGCUGGAAGAGACUAAGAAAUCGGUAAGCACCAAAAAAGAAAAACUCCGUGGCCUGUAGUCUGCAAGCGAACUAUACUGACUGAGCAAC